AUGCCCAUCAGAGAAGAUAUUCCAACUUCUGAACCAAUAUCUUAUGAAGUUCCACCAAGCUUUUCAGAACCACCUGUAACUGAAGAUAUUGCUACUACUCCAUUGGGAAAUGUGGCUUCUCCAUCUGUUUCUGAUGAUGAUUUUAUGGUCGAUGAUGAUCCGAAAAUCUCUGGUUCAUUUGAAGAAUUUGUUGCUCUUGUAUUGGAAUCUCCUCUGAUUGAUGAUAAAAGUGAUUUUGAUGAGGAACAUGCAAAUGAUCCCAUGACUAAGAGAGAUUACAAGGCGCUGAGCAGAAAGCUUAAUCUCUUAGUUCGCCAUACUCAAGUUUUCUCUACAUCAAAGUUUGACUAUAUGCAGCAAGCUCACAUGGAGACUGAGAAAGCUCUUUUUGAAACAUCUGCGAAGUUGAUUUCUGAUACAACUGUGAAGGUUGAUGCUGCAUUUAAGGAAGUCAAACAGGCUACUGCCAAAGUAGAUGUUAUUUUGAAGGAAGUCAUUGAGUCUCUGAACAAGAAGCUAGAUGCAAUUAUAAAUGAUGUUAAUUAA